AUAACAUUUAGGCCUAGGUAAACAAACAUUGAGACAUAGACUAGAGGGGUUGAAAAAAUUAAAUCAAGUGCUCCAAUCAGUUUGGUCAUUUUUUCCUACAUGUCAUCGUUACUCAAAUUUGGUGUAAAAACAUUGGAAUCAUAUUUAGGAGAAGACCAUAAGAAACACAAGUCUAAAGGAAAAUCUCAUAAAAAGGUUUGCAAACUCAAACACAGUACACACAUUAAUUAGCGUACAGUGUAGUUUUCAGUUGUAGUAGGCUAUAGCCUACAUUUUAAUCUUGCAUUUUUCGUAGUUUAAUUUGUGUUUUAGUAUAUGAGAUUGUGAUUAGCCAAUUAUAUUUAAUCAUUAUUAUUCUGUUUAAAUGUAACAAAAUAAAUUCCUAUAGUUAAAUGAAAAUAAUAAUAUAUACGGUAUUAAAAUAUUCUAAUGAUUAUCUUUUACUAUAAAUUUUAUUAACAAAGUUAAAGGGCGAAGAUUUCAUUGUCAGUUCUUUAGCCCUAAAAAACACAUUUCUCUCACUUCCUUGGAGAAGGUAAACAAAUGGCCCUUAAAAUAAUGUACCCAACAUUGAAUUUUUGUGUGUAAAAUACAUAAUUCUAAAUAAGUUAUUCAUUGGAUAUGUGGCUAGAGAUGAAAAUUGGUUUUCAUUUUAUUAGUGUUAAACCAAUUAUUAAUUGAGUAUUUCCUUUGACUUUUGAGGUACUUUGUCAUAUUUGUUUAGAAUUUAAGGACUAAGGGCUAAGUUUUAAGUUUAUGAUUAUGGGGGUCGUCCAUUAAUUACGUCAACAAAAUAAGGGGUGAGGGGAGGGGGUUUGGAAAUGUUUGACAGUUGUUGACAAGGGGGAGGGAGAAGGGUUUAGAUCAGUUGACGUCAGCAAUCAUGUUUUCUCUAUUAAAAUUUUAAUCUUAAAAAUUGACUGGUUAUUACAUUAUUUAAAAAAAAUAUAAGUGUAAAUGAGUGUAUAGUAAAUUAUAUAUUUUUUAGGCUUUUAACAAUAUAAGUAAGAUUUAUUUAAUGUGUGUCUGUCUGUGCAUUGCAGAUGGCUGGUCAGAAUGUUUGCGCACUUUUUUAGUGCAAGCGAAGUCAAAAGUUAAAUGAUGUUAAUUAUUAAUAGAGUAGGAAUACAAUAUUUUGAGAAUUAGAUUAGGGGAAUGUAAAGUAAGUAACAAUAAUAACAUUGCUGCUUGAACGGAUUUACAAAAUCUGUAACCUCUAUUUUGCAUCACAACUCAUGUUGAAAAAUUAUGUUCAACAGCACCAACAAUGCUCUCUUGAGCAUAAGAAAUUAGCACCUGCUCCUCAACAAAAAAAGGAUUCGACCAAUGCGAGUAGCUGCAAGGUGAUAGAGAAAGCUUAGCUUAUGGCAAUUAUUGCUCACACCGUCAAUGCUUCUAUUUUAAGUGCUGAAUGGUUACAUGAUGAUGAUGUUGACUUUUCUGGUAUAUCAGUGCUGCAAGAUGAAAAUGAUAAAUCAGCUACCAUAGUCUAUGCCCAUCAGGGGCGUCAUUUCAGGUUUUUUCAGGGAUGUGGGGGGGGGGGGGGGACCAAAGGUCAGCUUGUUAUGUUGUUUAUUGCUGGAGGGGCCACAGUACAUAGCAAUUUAAAUAAAACCUGCAGAUGCCCCCCUGCGCUACCCAGAUGAUGUCCGUGGCGCCCAUUGUUGCGAUAGCUCAAACCUGGCUACUCCUUGGGAAGAUGAUAGCAGCUAGAAACUAUACUAUAAUAGUCAGCUUUACUGACAAUAAUCAUAUUUAUACCAUAAACAAUGAUAUUUAGUCUUUAACAACCUUUCAAUUGAUUCUGCAUUAUAAAAUUUGAGUGUAAACUUUUUAACUUGUUGAUUAACAAGCUAAAUAUGUAAUAACAUGUUUUUCCUACAAUUUUGUGUCAUUAAAAUAGAUCAGCCUAAAGUAAAAUGUAUUUAUAAAUUCAUUUAUAAUAUAAUUUCUUUUUUUUUUUUGAGGGGGGGGGUAGGAGGGGGGGGUGAAAAUUGCUUAAAAAUUGUUGACGUAAUUAAUGGAUGACACAUAACCAUAUUUUUUUAUACAUGAACUAAAUAACUUAAACUGACAAAGACUGAGUGACUAACUUUACAUUGACAAUAUUGAAUAUGUUUGUUAUGACAUUUCACUGCCAAUAUUCAAUUUAUAAUAUUAUUAUACUACACAUGUAAAUAAGUCGUCUAAAGUCACAUUUCCCUUAUUUUUUUUUUAUAGAAUAUGCAUAUUUAAUUUGUUAGGUAUUAUUAACAUCAUUGACAUUUUGCACUGAAGUUGUGUAACUGAUUAUCACUGAUUGUUUGGAAAAGGAUUUUCUGAUUGUUGAAAGAGGUGUAUUCAUUGUUGCAGCAUUUUUAACAGGUGAAAAAUCAAUCAGCAAUGCGAUUUAAAAUUUACAUUGUGGAACAUCAGUUCACAAAGUACACUAGAAAAAAUAGCUUUGCUAUACAUGACUUACUGUUGGAUUGAAAUAUACUGCAGGAUCUCUCAAGCUCUUGUCAUAUCUAAUAGUUCAACUCCCAACUCAAUGUAUAUAUAUAUAUAUAUAUAUAUAUAUAUAUAUAUAUAUAUAUAUACAUAUCUUUUUACUCUUAUUUUUUUUGUGUACUAUGUAUGAUUUUGUGGUGUAUAUAUUGUAUAUAUCUAUACUGUAUUUUUUUUUUUUACUAUAAAUAUAACUCUUGUCAUAUCUAAUAGUUCAACUCUCAACUCAAUGUAUAUAUAUAUAUAUAUAUAUAUAUAUAUAUAUAUAUAUAUAUGCAGACCUGUUUACUCUUACGAUUUUGGCGUACAAUGUAAGAUUUUGAGGUGUAUAGAUUGUAUAGACCUAUACUGUAUGUUUAUUUUUUACUAUAAACAUAGUGUAUUGAACGAUUUUGUGAUGAUAUUGUACGAUUGUAAGAGUUUGAGGGUAAACAGGUCUGCAUAUGUAUACUCCUUUAAUGACUCCCACACAACUUUGAACCAAUGAGCUCACUCAUCCUUGAGACAUAGACUCUUAUUCCAUGUAAUGAAAGUGAGUUCACUUAACCUAUUUAAUAAUAAUAAUAAUACAUAGCCCACACAUUGACCUUGACAUAUCAUUAAAUAUAACUUGCUCUACUUUGAAAAUUUAACAAUAAAAUAUUAACUCACUCAUGAUUCUAUGACCAUGACACUGAAGAAAGUAAUUGAAGUUGCAGUAAAACUUAGGAUAAUAUUAUUUAAAAUAUAGUUUUGAAUUUAUAGUUUGAUAAUGAAUGCAUGAGCAUUACACAUUUAGAAUCUGUUGAUUAAAUUUCAUGAACUGAAAAUGGUCAUAAUUAGAUUAGUCAUUUCAAUAUCAAUUUUUUUUUUGCCAUUUUUAAAAAAAAAUUUUUACUCUGUAAUAUUGUCGGCUUUUAUAAAAAAAUUGUUUAGGGCCAUAAUUUAAGAUUGGCUGUAGAUUUUUAUUAUUUUCAAGAUAACCAGGUCAUGUAAAAAAAAAAAAUUUUUUUAAAUUUUAAAAAUGACAUGAUUUCAGAUUUAGAAUAUUGAUAAAGGUCAGUAUGGAUAAUAGGGUCACUCAAAGAAUGUACAUUAUGAAAAGAUUUAAAAUUUUGUCCUUACCCCAAAACCUUCAGAUGUGGGGUUUUGUAAGAGCAAAGGCACUACUGCUAUCACACACAAACAAAAUUUAAUUUUCAAAUUUUAAUGUUAGGAUACAAAAAGAAGGAUCAAGUUAUUCUAUAUAGCUUUCCAUUUUAUUUUACCUUAUGACAGUAGUUAUUUAUCAAAAAAGGGAUAAUGUUUAUUAUCAAUUUUACCAAUACAUGUAUUCUUGUAAGUGCUUAGUCAAAAGAAAUAAGUGUCAGUACCAUGCUUCUUAUUAUUACCUUUGCUAACAAUCAACAGAAAUAAUUAUUUCUAAAUCAGGUUUAAGAGAUAUAGAGCUGUAGAGUUUUAAAGUUUAUUUAUAAUAAUUUUUUUUUUUCAACUAUUAACCACAGGAAAUGGCAUACUACCAGACUGGAGGGUACCAGCCGUACCCUGCAAGUCAGCCAUAUCAGGGAGGACAACCCCCUCCGGGGCAAUACCCACAACAAAUCUAUCAAGGUCCUCCACAACCUCAACCACAAGCAUACCAAAUGUACCAUCAACCUAGUCAACACUAUGGGAGUUACGGCACUUAUUACACAAAUAAUGUUUUCAAAGUCAAUGCUUGGGAGGUACCAAUUACUAUUACACCUUAAAUAUAUUUUUUUGUAUAUAUUCAAUUUAGCGAUUGAUAAAAAGUAACAUUAUUUGGGUAAAACUAAAAGAAAAAUAAUAAAAAGAUAUGUUUUGAAAAAUAUAUUACUGCUGUACUUAUUAAUUGAUUGAAUUUAUGUCCUCGGCUCAAGUCCUUCAUUUUUAAGGCUAAAACUAGGCACUUUUCGGAUAAUUAGAUCUAAUUUGUUUUUUUUUUUUAAAUAAUAAAUAGCAUUGAUGUCACAAAUCUCAAUGAGAACUAAUAAGUCCCUGAUAUGGCUAAGAGAAUUCACUGAAUGGCUUUUUUUUUUCACUUGUGAAAUAAUUUAAUGAAGAUGCCUUGUGUUCAAAUUGUUUUAUUUAUGUGCUGAAAAAAAAAAAUUUCCAUUUGUUUGGAUCAAUAAAAGAAUCUUAUCUUAUUAAAAAACAAUAGUUCAGCUAUGGAAUUUCUCUCAACAUUGUUUGAUAUUAUUUAUGCAUAGUUGGAAUGUAUAUAAACUUUGAAGCAAUGAAAUAUGACUAAUGAAAAUGUUAUCUAUUAACUUUCUUAUAUCAGGCCUAUCAGUUCAGGCAGCCAAGUGAUCUUGAAAUGGUUUUUGCACAGGAAAUGCAGAAGAAUCCAGAAAAUGCUGUGAGUAUAUUAGCUAACUAAAUCAACAAAACAAACAUAAAACAAAUGAAUACAAAUUCAAAUGAAGUGUUUGUUUUUAAACAAACAGAUAGCUUCAUAAUUUUUUUUUAUGUAUGUAAAUUGGAGAUACAAUGAUGUUUUAAAUUUAAAUUUUAUUAUUUUUAAGAGUGCUUACAUCAAAUAGCUAUGUUGAAAAAAAUAUUAUUAAUGGUCCGUAAAUAGUGAUAAAAAAAUAAAAGCUACAGAGCUAAACAUUUAUUUAUGAAUUGUUUAGCUAGCUAAACAUUUAUUUAUGAAUUGUUUAGCUAGCUAAACAUUUAUUUAUGAAUUGUUUAGCUAGCUAAACAUUUAUUUAUGAAUUGUUUAGCUAGCUAAACAUUUAUUUAUGAAUUGUUUAGCUAGCUAAACAUUUAUUUAUGAAUUGUUUAGCUAGCUAAACAUUUAUUUAUGAAUUGUUUCGCUUAAUUUCAAAAAAUUCUUGAGAUUUACAAAUAAAAAUUCCAAAAUCUGUCUUGUGGUGCUUAUCAAAAUUCUAACAUAUAUGUAGAUUAUAAAAUACUGAUAGAUAUCCACAUUUUGUGCUGCAGAUGAGAAAUGCUAUUCAAGCAGAAGAUUUAAUGAAUGUUUUGAACAACACACCAAGCAUUCGGAACUUUUUUAGAAGUGAGUAA